GAAUGAUUUUUAAUGAAGAAGAUCAGGAAGUGAGAGACUUGGGCUAUCAGAAGCAUGCUUUUAAUAUGCUCAUCAGUAAUCGGCUGGGAUACCACAGGGAGGUGCCUGAUACAAGAGAUACAAAAUGCAGAGAGAAGUCCUACCCUUCUGAUCUGCCAUCUGCCAGUGUUGUUAUCUGUUUCUACAAUGAAGCGCUUUCUGCCCUGCUUCGCACAGUACAUAGUGUCCUGGAUCGCACUCCUGCACACCUUCUCCAUGAAAUUAUUUUGGUGGAUGACAACAGUGAAUUGGCUGACUUGAAGAAAGACUUGGGUGAAUAUGUUAAAACUCAGCUUCCAAAAGCCACAAAAUUGGUAAGGAACGAGAAGCGGGAAGGCUUGAUUCGAGGAAGAAUGGUUGGAGCCUCUCAUGCCACAGGGCAAGUGCUGGUGUUCCUGGACAGUCACUGUGAGGUGAAUGAGAUGUGGUUGCAACCUCUGCUGACGCCCAUCAAAGAAGAUCGCAGGACUGUGGUGUGCCCUGUGAUUGACAUAAUCAGUGCUGACACCCUUACCUACAGCUCUUCCCCAGUUGUGCGUGGAGGGUUUAACUGGGGCCUGCACUUUAAGUGGGAUCUUGUUCCCUUGUCAGAACUGGAAGGACCUGAGGGAGCCACUGCUCCAAUCAAGUCACCUACUAUGGCUGGAGGCCUGUUUGCCAUGGAUCGCGAGUACUUUAAUGAACUUGGACAGUAUGACAGUGGCAUGGACAUCUGGGGAGGAGAAAAUCUGGAAAUAUCUUUUCGGAUCUGGAUGUGUGGUGGCAGACUUCUGAUCAUCCCCUGCUCCCGGGUGGGACACAUCUUCCGUAAGAGGCGUCCCUAUGGCUCUCCAGGGGGACAGGACACUAUGGCUCACAACUCGCUGAGGCUGGCACACGUGUGGAUGGAUGAAUAUAAGGAGCAGUAUUUUGCAUUGAGACCUGAGCUAAGGAUGAGGAACUAUGGAAAUAUCACCGACCGUGUAGAAUUGAGAAAAAGAUUGAACUGCAAGUCAUUCAAGUGGUAUUUAGAUAAUAUCUAUCCUGAGAUGCAAAUAUCUGGGCCCAAUGCCAAAGCUCCGCAGCCAGUUUUCAUUAAUAGAGCACAGAAACGACCGAAAAUAAUCCAGCGUGGAAGGUUGUAUCACCUUCAAACCAACAAAUGCCUGGUUGCCCAGGGUCACCCAAGUCAGAAAGGAGGCCUGGUCGUGGUUCGGGACUGUGACUACAAUGAUCAAAACCAGGUCUGGAUUUACAAUGAGGACCAUGAGCUGAUUUUAAACAACCUUCUUUGCUUGGACGUUUCGGAAACUCGCUCAUCCGACCCGCCUCGUCUCAUGAAAUGUCAUGGGUCCGGCGGCUCACAGCAGUGGACAUUUGGGAAGAACAACCGCCUCUACCAGGUCUCCGUGGGGCAGUGCAUGAAGGUGGUAGAUCCCCUUAGCCACAAAGGCUACGUGACCAUGGCCAUCUGCGAUGGGUCCCUUCCUCAGCAGUGGCACUUCGAGAGCUGAGACAGCG